GUAAAAGUUUUUUUCUCAAAGGAAAAGAAAAAAAAAAAAAGAAAAAAGAAAAGGGAAAAAUCGAAAUCCUUCCUACACCGAAGCAGGUUCUGCGCUUAGAGAACGUUGACCGACUCAACUCCAUAAACCGCCCAAAGCUCGAUUUUCUAAAGAAUUCUCUUUCUAUGAAAUCCCAAGUUUGUUACAAUAUUAUUUUUUCCCUUCCGAGUGAUAUAUAAUCUUUUUUUAUAAAAAAAGUACUGAUUUUUAGCGAAAAGAGAGAGUGGAGCAAGAAUCGCCGCAAGAAAAUGGAGGUGUGACUGUGUGGUUGAUUAUAGAAUCCGCGUAUUGAAUGAGAAACCCGCCUACCUUGCUUUCCUUAGCUAUAGAUACUGCCCUUUUCAACCUUUCCACCAUCUCCGAUCUCUCCUUCUUGCCCGAACACAUUCUCGUUGAACUCUUUGUGGUACGAGUUCUACUUCCCAGGUUUUUCUUUCCUCUAGUUUUCAUAUCAGUGUUUCUGGGUUUUUUUUUUUCCCUUUUGUGGGCACUGUAAUUGGGGCUGUUCUGGGUUGUAUUUCGAUUUUUAUGUCGUUUGUGUGGAUUCGUGAUUUGGGUUUCUGUUACUUUUUCCAGUUUGUGGCUAUUUUCUGGAGUGGGAAUUUUUUUUUGUUUGUUUUUAUCAUCUGCAUUGUUGAUUGGGAAUUAAUUGUUUCUCUUCUUGGCAUAUGGGAUUUCAAGGAUUCAAUUGAAACAUUGAAAUCCCUAGAAUGGACUUCAUUUUCAGCUUUGAGAAAAUUAUUGGAACCUGUUUGUUUGCUUAGUAUAUAAUAAUGCGACCAUUCUGGAUCAACAAGAUUUAGUACUGUCUGAAAUUGUGUUGAUUGUUAGGUGAUACGUGAGGUAUAAAUGAAAUCUGGACGAGGAAGGUUUUAGAUAAGGGAAUAUAGUUAAUCUUUGGAAGAAGCAGAAUGAGGAACCAAAAAAGAACAGAUCAGAGACUAUUUGUUGAGGGAGUUGUUGUCUUAUUUAUUUUCUGGAUUGUAUUUAGAUUUCAUUAGUUUGUUAAGCUUCAUCCUGAGAAGACAGGAAAUGUUCAAAACUGAAGUAUAUAACAAAAUGAUCCAUAAAUUUAUAGAUCUUGCUAGUGAUACCUUUCCUUUCAUUGAAUGAGUCUUCAAUUGCUGCAUGUGUGGAUGUGGUUGCUGCAGAUUUUUAUUCUCAUAUUUUUGCUAAUUUACUGUUGAUAUUCUGUGUGAUGAAACUUGAAAUGUGUCUUUAACUUGUACAUUCAUUAAUCAGCCUGUAAUGUUUGACACGCAUACAGUUAUUUUUGCUCUCUCAUUCUGUGUGCUUUCACAUGCGCACGAUCACUAAUAAAUAAGCAAUCUGUCAUGUGAUGGUCACACGACUAUAACUGAAUUUUUUCAGUAUUUGAUUGUCUAGUUAAUACGAGUUCUGUCGCUUUUCAGUUAUAAAUAUGCUCGUGUUUGUUGUUAUUUGAUCUCCAGCGAACUUUGAGAGCAGGGAAGCUGACAGAGAAGAUUUUGAAACUAUUUGUGGCUACUGGCAAAGAGGAGAUACUUUCUUUGAUACAUGACCUUAAUAUUCAACUUGUUCUAACUCCUGUUCUUCCUACCAGAUGCUCUGAGAGGUUUUGAUGCUAAGGUGAUCAAAGAUUGGCUUAGGUUGUUCUCAUCCAGAUACUAAAGUUGAUUGUUUGCAUUUUCCAAUUGUGAUAAGAUGGCUCAAGUUAGCAUUAGAGAUGAUGAGGUUGAUAUUGUGAUAGCUGCACUCCACCCUGACCUUACAUCAUUUAUGGAGGAAUGGAGACCAUUUUUUUCUCGAUUCCACCUGAUAGUUGUGAAAGAUCCUGAUCUCAAGGAGGAUCUUAAAAUUCCGGAAGGGUUUAGUGUUGACAUCUAUACGAAGACUGAUAUAGACCGCGUAGUUGGGUCUUCUUCAAAAACUAUUGUUUUCUCUGGCUAUGCAUGCCGAUAUUUUGGCUAUCUCAUGUCCCGCAAGAAGUACAUUGUAUCAUUUGAUGAUGACUGCAUCCCUGCUAAGGAUAAUAAGGGAGAUUUAACCAAUGCCGUUGCACAGCAUAUUGCGAAUCUUACAACUCCUGCUACCCCUUAUUUCUUUAACACACUUUAUGAUCCUUUCCGCAAGGGUGCAGAUUUUGUUCGCGGAUACCCAUUUAGCUUGCGGAGUGGAGUGCAAUGCGCUCUGUCAUGCGGAUUGUGGCUUAAUUUAGCAGAUUAUGAUGCACCAACACAAGCCCUCAAACCAGAGCUAAAGAACUCCAGAUAUGUUGAUGCCAUUCUGACAGUACCAGCAGGGGCCUUGUUGCCAGUGAGUGGAAUCAAUAUAGCUUUUGAUCGGGAACUAGUUGGACCUGCUUUGUUGCCAACUUUUAGGUUAGCAAAGGAAGGAAAAUUGAGAUGGGAGACUGUGGAAGAUGUUUGGAGUGGUAUGUGUGUGAAGGUUAUAUGUGAUCACUUGGGACAUGGUGUGAAAAGUGGGCUUCCCUAUGUUUGGAGAAACGAACGAGGUAAUGCCGUUGAGAGCUUGAAGAAAGAGUGGGAGGGAGUAAAGCUUAUGGAAGAGGUGGUUCCUUUCUUUCAAUCAGUGAAAUUCUCCAAAGCAGCAGUUACAGCAGGAGAUUGUGUAGUUGAGUUGGCCGCUGCAGUGAAGGAGCGCUUGGGAGCUGUAGACCCUGUCUUUGCUCGGGCUGCUGAUGGCAUGGUGGAGUGGAUGAAGCUCUGGAAAGUAGCCGCAUAGAUUGUCUGUCCAUUGUUAUCGCUCAAAGUUUGUACUGGCUGGAUUUUUUAUUAUUUUUUUUUCUUUCUUUCCUUCUCCUCUGCCGGCUCUUUUUAGACAGCCUGUAUAACCAGUUAGUGCUUCAGCCGGCUGCUUUGUUUUUUCACCUUCUGCAACUACAGGUCUGUAAAACCUGACCCCUUUAAGUGGGUCGGAGAGUUGAAAUAAUGACAGUUUCUUAUCAGUGAAAUCAUACAAACACUAUACUGUUCUCAAAUUAUAACUUCUUAAAGUGGGUAGUCCAGCUUGUUCA